GAAAGGCACCGCAUCAUCGGGAUCCACGGUAUAGCGCAGCACCCAUCCACGGUAAAACUGAUAGUACAAAACGGCACAAUUUGGCUACUGAAGACGGCAAUACACCGAAGGCAAUAGCCGCGAAGUGAACAAUAAUACACGUAAUCAGCAUCGAACGAUUAACUAGUGCAAAAUUAGUCGAAAUUUUAGGAACCACGCAGCAGUUGACGAUCGAGUUUUCAAAGGAACGGUAGUUUUCCCUCCCGGGUAGGACUAGCUGAAUUUUAAAGAAAAGGUUCACACAGAAGCCAGCCGCACGCACCAUUCAAUAAGCCACACAUACCAAAAUGUCCCAAGCAGACACCGUGUUCCAAUCGCGCUCGAAUGGCAUCUCGGCGGAGGGUGUCCGCGAUCAGUACGCCGACGGUAAGGCGGCCAAGGUCUGGGAGAUCUUCAUCGGCGACAAAAAGUCCCGCACGGAGAACUAUCGCAACUUUUUGGUGGAGAAGCUGCGAGACAACGGAUGCAAACGCAUUCUGGACGUGGCCUGCGGAACCGGCGUGGACUCGAUCAUGCUGCUGGAGGAGGGCUUCGAGGUGGUGUCCAUCGAUGCCUCCGACAAGAUGCUGAAGUAUGCGCUGAAGGAACGCUGGAAUCGUCGCAAGGAAGCCACAUUCGACAAGUGGAUAAUUGAGGAGGCCAAUUGGCUGACGCUGUACGACGACAUCGAGCACCUGAUCGGUGACGGUUUUGACGCUGUGAUGUGCCUCGGCAAUUCCUUUGCCCAUCUGCUGGACAAUUAUGGUGAUCAGCGCGAGCACAUUCAAGCUAUCAGCAACUUUGAAAAGUGCGUCAAACCCGGCGGUUUACUGCUGAUCGAUCACAGAAAUUACGACGAUAUCAUGGGCACGGGAGCAACUCCAGCCAAGAGUAUUUAUUACAACAGUAGCCACACGGCAGACAUCAAAACAUCGGUUCUAUACGUCGCCAGCAAACCCACCCUCGUGACGAUGGAUUACAUCAUCAGCACUGGCAAGGGAGACACCAGUGAAUUCCGUCUUUCUUACUAUCCUCACAACCUGAACGUAUUCGAGGAAACCCUGAGAACCAUUUUCAAGGGCCCUGCCGCCUACGAAAUAUACGGCGACUUCAAAUCCAUUGACAAGGAGGCUAAUCCCGCGUUCUACAUUCACGUAGUGCAAAAAAGCAAAUAGACAAACGACGUCCGCUCAUAUGAACUGAUCUGCGGAUGUAUCAUGUCUCGAAUAUAUCCGAUAAUUAACAGUAAUAAAUGCUGACAAUGAUUAUUUAA